GUAAAAUGGCAGCUGUGCGCGCUCGUUGUAUUCGCGAUUCCGUUACCCGUUGAAUUUUUUCUUUGCGUUACGAAUGGUAGACAUAAAGUGAACUGAAAAAGUAAAGGUGUUUAAUUCUAUUAUAAAUAUAAAAAUUGAAUUAUUAAGCGAUAAAAAGUAUUUAAUAAAUAGUAGAAAGUCCACUCUAUUAGCAAAGUGAUCAAAAUGGAAUAUUGAUAUAUUUUGCAGUGUAAAAACAAGAGUUGAAGACGCCAAUUGUUCCGCGAGUUUUCCUGCAAAGGAUAUAGUGAAAUAUUGAUAUGGGGAAUGUGUUGUCUGAAAAAGUUUGGAAGUAAUGAAUUACAACAGUUUUUUCUGACUAAAAAACAAAAGUUUUCAAAAGUGUUUUGAUUUUAUUAAUGUUUUGAAACGAGAUAAAAUAGUGCAAAGUAUUAAAAGUUGCACUGUUUUAUUACCUGUUGGAAGGAAUUAUGUUUACCGGAUUAACUUCCUAAUUUUAUAUCAGACGGUUUGAUACAUACACAUAUAUACUUAUCCCUUCGCUUCAAAGGACGAGAUAUUUCGGUAUUAUUAUAUAUGAAAUGUGCGUACAUGUGUGUUCCAUAAAGAGUGUAACACUAACGACAUGUAACAACGGAUUCGCCGAAACAAUCAAACAAUUGGUACCGAACAGGACAAGAAAAACAUAAUCAGAAUUAAUGAUCAAUUUCAUUUUACGAUAACAAUAGAGCAAACAACAACAACAGCAGCAAAAGCAUGAAAAUAAACACGCGAACAACCAGCAGAACAGCAACGAAACCAAAACGAUUCCAUUAAGUGAUCUGAACGAAAAUGUCGAACAAACAACAAAAACGUAAAGAAAAACAAGAAUUAAAAUAAUAAAAAAGUGUCUAAAAAAUUAAAAACAUUUGCGUCGAAGAAAUUGUGAAGAAAACAUUAGUGAAGAAAAAGCAAAAAAAAUAAAAUCUAUCCUAAAAAUAAUAUAAAAGCUGAAGCAAUAGCAUAAAAAAUACGAACAAUAAAUUAAGUCAGUCAAUCAAAGAAAAAUAUAAAAAUGUCGAAAUGUCAAAAUAAUUCAAAUAAUUCGACGCAGCUUUUAAUGCGCUGCAUUUUCAGAGCAGAUAUAAGCGGUGGAGCCACCACCCUUUGCCGCUAACGGCGCUCCUCUUCGAUUGAUGUGUGCUGUUAUAAUAUUUGUGGAGGAAAAAAAUCUGCCAAUGACAAAAUAAAGCGGCGCCGCAAUUAAAUAAAGCAAACGCAUAACACCAAUAAUAAUAAUAACGAAGUGCUAGCAAUUAGAGGCAAUUAACGUAAUUGUUGAAAAUUGUCAAAACAUUCUUGAAAGCCGCAAGAAAUAAUAAUAAAAAAAUAUCCGAAAAGUGUUGCCUCAGUGUUCCUACUUUGAGGUUAAGUGUUCUUUCUUUUUCAAAAGGGAAUAUAUAGUGUAUUCAUCACUAUGGAUUUGAGCUUAGAACGCGAUAGCAGCUCUGCGCUGGGCAGCCUCUUUCAGCAGAUUAUUAAUGAUUUGAAGAACACAUCGCCGCUGUGGGAAGACUUUGUUACCAAGGCCACGAAAUUGCAUCAAUGUUUACGUGCCGCCAUUCAGGCAAUCGCCGCGUAUUUGGACGCGUUCCAAAAAAUCGCAGACGCAGCAACAAAUUCAAGAGGAGCUUCCAAAGAAAUUGGCACCGCUUUGACGCGGGUCUGUCUACGCCACAAAGCGGUCGAAUCACGUCUGAAAACUUUCACAACAGCAAUAAUGGACUGCCUUGUACAGCCAUUGCAAGAAAAACUAGAAGACUGGAAGCGCACAGUGAUCACUAUCGACAAGGAACAUGCCAAAGAGUAUAAGCGCUGUCGCACUGAACUGAAAAAGCGAUCCAGCGACACGUUACGACUGCAGAAGAAAGCACGUAAAGGUCAAUCGGAUACUAUACAGUCACUUAUGGACUCACAUAAGCAGGAUGUGACAUUGCGACGCGCCGAAUUGGAGGAGGUGGAAAAGAAAUCUUUGCGUUCGGCAAUGAUCGAGGAGCGUUUGCGAUAUUGUACGUUUGUGCAUAUGCUGCAGCCAGUCGUGAAGGAAGAGUGCGAAGUCAUGUCAGAGCUGGGACAUUUACAGGAAGCAAUGGAUUCUAUCGCCCUCGUUACAAAAGAGCCCAGCGUCCUACCACAAGCAUCCGAGGAACUUAUACAUGACACCAAAGCCACAAUGUCGCUAUAUCCCGAGUCGCCGGGUGGCGGUUCGAGCUCACAAGGUGGUUGCUCGAAUUCGCUGGGCUCACGCAAAAGUUCCGUUUGUUCGAUUAGCUCCAUGAACAGCAGUGGCUCAAGCAACUCACCGGGACAUCAUCACUAUCCACGUUCGCUAUCGCAGUUAAUUUCGCCUGCAAUACGCUUGAAACCUGGUGAAUCCAGUGAUAGUGGCUUUUGCUCAUCGCCAGCGCUAACCACACAGGCUUCUACUGCCACUAGUCAAUCACAUGCUGUUUCCACUUGGCCACCACAUUCCCAAGAUGCCGUUCCAGUGUUGCCACCUGCCUCCGAUCGUCCACACACAAUCUCAACCGCCUACGAGAAGGGACAUCAGCGGCCACCACUCACCGUUUACACGUUCCAGAAUCCGGAGACCAUUCUAGAGGGUAGCGGUGGCAGCGGCAGCAUACCGGGUACGCCAAAUGGCACCAGUGGCGGUCCUGGGUCCGGCGCUAAUACACCAUCUACACAAAAGUCGCCAGCCGGUGCAUUGAGUCGCCCACCUUUGCCAGUGCGCUGCUCUUCGUUGGAACGACCACUUUCGGCCAACAAUAAUCGCAGCACCAACAAUCUCUUACAGCGGCAAUGCCCAUCACCCAUACCGGCUCACAUAACGAAAGAGCUAUCAGCGCAUCAUGCACAACAACACAUGCAGCAGCAGCAGACACAACACAACAACUUUCAGACAUCAUCGCCGCCGCCCACAUACGUCAAUAUGUCUGAGUUGGCCAAUAUGGCGGCAGCAAAAAUUACUAACCAACAACAACAGCAACAGCGGCCAGUCGCCGCCCUGCAACAACAGCACUCGAUCGACUCUAUUUCCUCACAGUUUUCCAACGAUUCGACUGCAUCGGGCAAUCAACAGUCACAACAACAACAACACCAGACCGGUGUUAUGGUCAGCGGCAACAACAACAGCACCGGCAGCAAAACACGUUCACAUUCCGUUUCCUCCUCGUCUGCCUCCUCGAACACACCAUCCCUGCAUUCGCAUCCCUCCAUAGAGUCCGGCACGAUAGCCACACCACUUGUUGGCCAAACACCGACACCAUCGAGCGGCAGCUCAACACCACAAAACCACUAUUCACCACUGCUAACCAAUUCGCCGUCAUCAACGGCGGCUGGUACACCAAGUGGCGGCAGCGUGACGAGCGGCAUGUUGAGCGGUUUCGUAUACAAUGUCAAUUCACCAACGCCACCACAAAGUGGCACAGCUUCAGUCGAUAGUGAUGUGCUGAAGAUCACCGAAACCGAUGCAGCUGGUCAACCCACCAUUGUACCCAUACACGAAACAAAUACACAGCAACAAGAAACAAGUAAUGCCAAUAACAAUGCUAUAUGCAUAGAGUCCCAAACCACACCCACCGAAACGUCCGAGCAAACCUGUACAAAUGCCAUCGAUUCAACUGCGACAGCAAACGAUACAGAAUCUCCAACUAUUGUAGAGAAUGACGAACGUUCACGCGCCUCAGUGUUGCAAAAAGCCUCAAUGUUCGAGAAACAGGCGGCUGCCGCAGCCGCAUCCACCGCUGCGGUCACACCGGGACGCUCUACGGUCGAGGCCAUAUAUGGCACGCGCCGGACUCCGGAUGAGGUUUAUCGCACGGCCAACCCCAGCAUCGGUGGAAAUCAUUAUCAACAGCCAUCGCCACAUCAGCAGCAGCAACCGCAACAACAACAGCAGCAUAUGGAGCAGCAAGAAGUGGAUAAAAGUUUUGAAGACUCGAUCCAAGAAUUAAAUAAUUUAAUUGGCGAAUUAGACUCGUUUCAACGCGAGAUCGAUGCAAGCAAGCGCGCAACAGCAACAACAACUGCCGUAUCACAAGCAACAACUGCGGAUGGGACUGUGGGCGAUAAUUGUGGGGAUCGGCCCUUCCCCUUGAUCGGCACGAGCAGUAACAUCGUCGUCGCCGACAACAAUAAGAUGGGCAACAAUGCCAAAGCAAUAACAACAUUAGCGACAGUAGUGACAGAAGCGGAACGCGUCGACAUGACAACGGCAUUAACCGUUAUUUGCCCACCGCGUCCACCCAAGUCACCACAAUGCGCGAGCAACCAAACUAGCGGCUGCGGCACUGAUCUCUCCGACACCGCUUCCGAUGAUGUUGCCGCUGAUGUCGGCUCGCUGACGAGCAUAAAUAACAAUCACAACAACAAUAACAACACAAAGGGUAGCAAUAACAACGAACACAAUGCCAGCUUGAGCAGCCGAGAGAGUUGUGCCACAGGCCAUGACAAUAACGUUCGCACACUGCAACAAUACAAUUCCGAUUCGGAGCUGAGUCGUUGCUAUGUAAGCGAAACGAGUUCGCUGGCGGGCGGCUACGAGAAUCCCACUUUCGCGCACUUCGCCACAGCGGUGUCUUCAUCGUCGAUAGCCGCCUCGUCGGGCGUGGAUGAGCCCGCCGAUGUGGGCAGCGUUAUCGGCGAUAAUCGCUCGUUGAUGGCAGUGUCAUCGACAACGACAGCCGACGAUUGCGCAUCGCACACCUCCGACACGUACCAGAUGCCACAACAGGCUGCCGACAACGGCAGCGAUGGCGGCAGUAAUGUCGUCGUAAUCUACGAUCAUCAGAUACCAAUGACGCCGGACAUCGACUAUGUCAAACAGAAUUCCGAAAUUGUCGUGCUGCGCACAAAGGAUCCACUACAGCAACAAUUGGGACGACAGGAAAUGCGCGAAUUGACACAACUGCCGACUAGUUUGUGUGCGCCACACGAUGGUUUGGCCACACCGGGCGCCGGCAUGAUGUCCGUACUGGCCUUGUCGUCGUCGUCGUUGUCGUGCUUGGGACCAAACUCGCCACCGCACACCGCAACCGUAGCGCCUGCCAAACAGCGACUCUCCUCUUUCCGCGCCUCCAGCGAACAACAAUUGCAGCUGCUCGGUUGUGGCGACAACAACAAUAGUGGCAGCGAACUCUCAUUGCUGCGCACGCCGCACCAUCAUCACCAGCAGUAUGCAAACGCAGGUACGCCACAAGCGCAAACAGAGUGCAGCAAGGAAGGUAGUAGAAGGGUGGCAACACCACCAAAUGCACACAACAUGCACGCAGAUACCAUAAUACGCCGCAAAGCAGCGAUACCGCCACCCAAACCGAGUUUGAGUAUAUUCAAUGGCCAAGCGGCCGACCAUUUGAGUUUAGAGGCUAACGCCAGCGUGCGUAAGAGUAGUAGUAGUAGUUGUAGAGGUAGUUGUGAAGCGGUGGUAGAGCGGUUAACGGCUGCGCCCACACCGCCGCCACCGCUUUUGACGAAGGCCAAUUUCAAGGCCGAUUUAGAUGCGAAAAUUCGCAAGCAGAAGUUGAAGUUGCAACUGCAGCAUGAACAGCGGCAACACCACGAGCUGUUGCUACAGAAGCAGCAAUUGUUGCAGGAGCAACAACAAUUACAACAUUCACCACAAUCAGCCGCCAACAACACAAAUAGUUCAAUAUAUCUUAGCAACCACAGCCACAACAACCUCAAUCAUAAUAAUUCCAACAACACCACUAUAAACAACAUCACCACCACCAACACCACAACCAACAGCGGCGUGGGCAAUGGCCUUGGCAAUCGUAAUAGCAGCAGCGGCGCCAGCAGCAACACUCACAACAACAGCAAUAACAAUAAUUGUAAUGCAAUUAGCUUAAAUAAGCGCCGUUGUAGCACCGCUAUGUCGAACGCAACAACAACAAAAACUACAACUGCAUCUGCAUCCGCAUCCGCAUCAAAUCAUUUGGCAUUUGUAGUAAAAGCUGCAUCAUCCCAUCACCAUACCAACGCAUCCGCAUCAUCCUCAUUAGCAGGGCCACAGCUUGUCUAUCAAAAUGGUACUAAAAGUAGUAGUAAUAAUAGAAAUAUGAAUAAUAAUAGUGAUAGUAGUAGAAAUGCAUCAGCAUAUUCAUCUGCAUAUCCUAAAACCAGUAAGCAAAUCCAUUCUAAUCGUACUCAUUAUCAAUUUCAUGCGCUGAAAUCACAUAACAACAACAACAUGAACAACAAAACUCACACCAUCACCACCAACACCAACAAUAAUAUUAAUGCUAAAACACGCCCCAAACGUUCUGCCUCCAUGUCAUCUACACAAAAAUCAUCAAACGUCAUACGCGCCUCAUCUCCAUCACUAUCCACCAUAUCAACAUCGCCGUCGUCAUUAUUAUUAUGCACGCCUGCAAUUCGCGCGUCGACUGAACGCUUGGUAAAAUGUCCACCAACACCGCCAUUACCAUUGCGUUCGCAAUUGGUUGCACAUCAAAAACCAAAACAACAACAACAACACGCACAUAUACACAAUCCAACCAACAACCAUUCGGUAUUAUCAACAACAUCAUCAUCAUCAUCAUCGUCAUCCCCAUCAUCAGUAUCUGUCUCCACCUGUGCCUAUGCGUGUUCUUCCGCUUGUGCAACACCAACACCACCCACCAUUCACACCAAACAAUCAGCAGCAUCUGCCUCGGUCUCGUCUGCAUCUGCAUCCGCAUCCAACUCCAAUAUAAAUUCCGCCAACGCCAAACCGAAUAUCACGCCGAGACCGGCUUCAUUGUCGGGAGGCGUAACACGCAUAGCGCGUCGCUCGUCGGUGAACACGGCCAAGCCACCGCCACCAGUGCGUCGCAGCUCAUCGGUGACGCCAAGUCACAAUGCCACCGGCACGGCGGCUACACAAUCGCCACAACAAAAUCAACAGCAGCAACAACACUAUCAACACCUUCAACAACUUCAUCAUUUACAUCCUCAUGCCAACCAACAGCCAACGUUAGCUACGACAACAACAAUACAAAAUUCUCCCUACGAUACCGUUGACAGUCUGCCACCCCCACCCGCUUAUCUACUAGACUCAAGACAAGCACAAUCGUCGACUCCCACACCGCCACCACCAUCAGCUGUUUCAGCUACAGCAAUACCGAGUUCAUCAUUGAAAGUUGCCGAAACGGUGAAGGCGUUAUCGGCUAUGCGACACAAACCCGCUUCCCCGAACGCGAUACGGCACAUGCAACAGCAACAACAACAACAGUUGCAGCAAUCACAUCAGUCGCUGCAGACAUUCUCCUCUACUGCUUUGUUGCCGCCCGACUGCAACACUGAACAGACGCUUCAUUACGAUGCCUACUCGUACUAUAAUCCCUAUAUGGAGGUCAGGACCACCACCCAACUGACCUCUGCCAAAAUGCCGCUUACUAAUGCUAAUCAUGCUAAUGACGCUAAAGAAGCUGCCUAUCAAACUUUGCCAAUAACACCAACACCUAUUUAUUACUAUGAUGCCGUUACCAUGCAGCCAACAACAAUGGCAACAACACCAACGAAGUCAAAACACUUGCAGUCCAAUGCACUGCAGGACACGUAUGGUGUGAACACCGCGCUUCGUACUACACCCAAUAAGACAAACAAUCCACCGGUGUCACCAUCGUACACUUCACCGCCACCAUACGAUUUCCAACAUAGUAAAAUAGAGUUGCCACCACCAUUACCGCCACCCAAUCCUAAUCAACAGCGUUCACUUAAGCAGCAACAACAAAAACAAUUUGUUGAUCACCAAUACAAUACACCAGCUACAUGUACAUUGCAACCAUCACAAUAUCAACACAACAACAAUCAGUUACAACCAAAACGCCAACAUGAACAGAUUUAUGAUUAUUUGCCGUCACAUCAGCACCUGCACUCCCCCAAGCUACAGCAUAAACCGCAGCCACAGCCGCAGCAGCAGAGAUCGCAAAUACAACAACAACAGCAACUAGCACAUAAUUUAGACGCUCUCAUGAUCGAUAAUGAGGAUGAGACAACCGUGUAUAGCGACAACGCCUCAUUCCGCACUUCAUCGCCCGGUAUUUAUGCGCAGCCGAAAAUAGUCACAAGCAUGUCGAGUUUCCGUUCGGCCAGUCCGGCACCAACGAAUGAUCAUCACAACCAGCACCAUCAUGUCAUACCACCAACACAACCGAAAACCAAUCCGAAUUUGAUUGCACAGCUGAGUGCGCGACUUAGCAAACAAAAUCAACAACAGCACACCGGUGAUGGCAUUUAUGGUUCAACACCGAAUUCACCAAAUCAUCACAAUAUGCACCAACAACAACUACAACAACAGCAGCAUCAACACCAGCAUCACCAAAGUGAACCAGUCUAUAUGCGGAACUACACGCAUCCUCACCAUCAACAACACCAGCCGCAUCAGCAGCAGCAGAUGCCGUCAGUCGCCACCGGUUCGAUGCAUCAGCAGCAAAACUAUGACGCUGCGCAGACGCCCAAGCAUCAGUCGUCUUAUGCACAUGCCGGUGGUGUCGCUAGACAGCAGCAGCAGCAACAACAACAGCAGCACCAUUCGCAUCAUCGCGAGCCACACACACACAGCUGCCCGCCGCCGCUUGAAAAUCCACCGCCGCCACCCACAAACUCAUCCAUUUAUGCUGCCACUGCCAAUGCCACCGCGACCAUGCCCAAAAAUGCAACGCGCUCGAAUGUAAGCGCCACCUAUGCGCCGCCCACCUCUACCAUGACAUUGCCUAAGAAUCUCGCACAACAACGUUUACAGCAGCAACAACAUUAUCAGCAGCAGCAACAACACUACCAACAGCAACAAUAUCAACAAUCUAUCGCCACCGGCGCCAACGCAGCCGCUCAGCAACACCAUCAGGCACAGCAACAUUCCCAGACGACUACUGUUAACCAGCGCGCACAGAUGCCACUGCCAUACCAACAACAACAACAAAUGUCCUACAAGCAAAAAUCGGCCACAUUGCAGAGUAACCACCGUCAACCGCCCAUACCGUCGCGUCACUCUAGCGUACAGCAAAAGAUAUUCGUGGCCACCAAUCCGUUCAUCCAAACCACCACAAUACAUUGUCACUCGCCCGCGUCGGUGCAUUCGCAGCCGGCUUCACCCACCUGCUCGUCGCCGUCGUCGUUGGCGAGCAUUUAUGGCACCAGUUCGCGCAGUCAUCAUCACCAUCACCAUCAGCAGCAGCAACAACAACAACACCAACAUCAUGGCAGUGGCAGCGGCGUCGGCGGCGGCACAGCCGGCAAUGGUUUCUAUGCCGCCCCGCACAAUUCAACGAGUUACGCCAGCUCAAACAUUGAGAAAGCCGGCAGCAUACGCUCGAAAACCAAAGCUGAAUUUCUCGAAAACCUCAACGCCAAGUUGGCCAAACAAGGCCUAUCCGGACGCGCCUUCGCUGUGCGCAAUCUAAUCAAUAGCAAAGCAUUGCCCGAUCCCCGCAUUUGCCAUGAAUCAUUAAUGGAUCAAAUCAAACGCGGCGCCACGCUGAAGCGAAAUCAGAAAAUCAAUGAUCGCAGUGCACCGAAAAUCCACUAAAGCGCUUAAACGAGUACGAGUGAGAUGCCGAUAUCGCAGUCAACCAAACGUGAGUCCUUAAUAAACUCAAUAAUAACCAUGAAACAGGGCCAGUGCAGGGGAAGAAGAAGAAGUAAGAUAAUAAAUAUGUCACGCUUCUUUCUUUUCUCUUCGUGAUUCUAUGGCCGACGCUUUGAGGCUCAUCCGAACAUUUAGACUGUUGUUGUCGUCGCUAAUGAGGAAUUACGAAUAAUUAUUAAACAAUACAUACUUAUAUAUAAUAUAUACAUAAAUAAAAAUUACUAUAUAAAUACAA